CUUCCCUAAUUUCCUGUCUCACCCACAGCGAAGCGGUGGUGUCGUCGUACAGCGCAUGCGUAUAAAUGUAUGUCACGACCGCAUGCAGAGCACAUGAAUGGGUGAAAAACCGGCUUUUGCCGCAUGCGCGCGCUUGUUGUUUUGGUCAUCCGCAGGAAGUGGACCUGGCGGUGAGUGCCUCCUUCCAGACUCCCUACCGCGAGGAAGUACUGGACUACGCGCACUACUACUACAUCCAAGUGGUCAAGUUCAUCGUGCGGGCGCCGGCCGAGAAGCCGCGAGCCCUCGUCAUCGUCCGGCCUUUCGCCGUCGAGGUGUGGCUCGGCGUGCUGGUUGCCUACCUGGUGUCCUUGGUGCUGCUGCUGGCGGUGAUGCGCUUCGAACGCCGCCACGAUCGAACCGGGAAACUGCGCUUCUUGCCGACCGGGGACGUCGCCCUGUCACUCUACUUGGGCGUCAUUUGGCAAGGCUGUGACUGGCGCUUCUCGGGCAGCCCGACGCGGCGCCUGGUGGCCGCCGGCUGGUGGCUGCUGUGCACAGUCAUCUCGUGCGCCUACUGCAGCCUGCUCAUCUCGUUCAUGAGCCACCCGGGCAUGGAACAGGCUCUGGACACGCUGCCCAGGCUGCGCCGGGAGCUCCUCGCGGACCGCAUAUUCGUCGGCACCACGCGCCACACCGAGAUGGAGCUCGCCUUCACUAGCGCCAAGGCGGGCAUCAUGCGCGACAUCGGACGCCAGAUGCUGGAGCAUCCCCAACGCACCCUGGUGGCGACAGAGCGCGAGGGUUACCGCCGGUGCCUGCGCUCCCGCUACGCCUACAUGUUCCCGGAGACCGUGCUCAAGGUGGAGGAGGCCCGCACGGACGGCCGCCUGCUGGUCUCCCGAGACGCCUUCUACCACGCCAUGGCCGUGUACACUUUCCCCAAGGGGUCGCCGCAUGUGGCCACCUUCAGCUACGGAAUGAAGAAUUUCAUGUUCAUGGGCCUCGUCGAGAAGUGGCUGAACGACUUCUUGUGGCAGCUCCGCAUGAACACUAGGCGUGCUGAAACCGGGGAAAACGCAGAGCGACCCAUCAGUGUCGUUGAUCUGCAAGGAGCAUUCUUCGUUCUUGUCAUGGGAUACACCAGCGGACUGCUUGCGCUACUGACUGAGUCAUGCUGCGUGUUUCUUGCCAGGCUAUCCGCGAAGACCAUUAGACCGCGCCGUUCGUGAAAUCUCUCCGAGAUCACGUGCUAAAGAAUCUACGAGCCAUUGAGAGAUAACGUUACGCUUCUUUUCUUGCUAUGUCAGCGACGCGCGCGUAGCUAGUUGCACAACCGCACCUUUCUAACUGCGUACCGUACGUAGAGGCAUAGAGCGGUCUGUGGAAUCGCACGCACCCGCAUUAAGUUGUUGGCGAAGUGAGGCGAGAGAGCAACACCCUCCGUUGGGAGCACAAUCAAGACAACAACCUGUUUUCCACCAGCUGGCACAGACAGCGGUAUAUCACAGAUAAAAAACUGUUGAUCUACAUGAGCUGUCUGUCUCUCUUCCUCCUCGACGAGAUAUUCUCGCCAUCGUUAUACUUCUU